AUUUAUUAGUCCAAGAAUUCUUAGACCCGAACCCGAAGGGACAUACGUUUUUUCCGUUUAAAAUCCAACAAAUACGGUGUUGGUAUCUAGGGUUUCAAACAUCAAAUCCCCCCGUAUUUACAAAGCUCAAUCACUACUCACUGGUGCAUUUCUCUAGACAGUCAGACAGAAAGACCCAUUUCGGUAACCCCUUCAUUCAUCAUAAUCCAGCGUCCCCGUGUUCAUAACGUAGACAGAAAGAAUUCAAUUCUGCGCCGGACUGUGAUAUCGACACAUUUACGCAUUCUUCAACAGAAGGAUAUACAUUGAACUCAUUUUCUUGUAGACAAUAAAGUUCGAAUCUUUGGAUAGUGUUGAGGGAUAUAUAUGGGGAAAUCAGGAAGGAAAAAGAGGGCAGGUAUUAACCAGAACCCGGGUACGGGAGGAAGCAAUGGCCAAACACAUGUUGUUAAUGGAAGUGUUGACUUAGCCUCAUCAGAUUUCCUGCAAAGAGCUCUUGAGCUCAAAGAAGAGGGGAACAAGAGAUUUCAGGCCAAGGACUAUGUGGGUGCUCUUCAGCAAUAUGAGAAUGCCCUAAAACUGACCCCCAAAACACACCCUGACAUAGCCGUGUUUCAUAGCAACAGGGCUGCUUGUUUGUUGCAGAUGAAGCCAGUAAACUAUGACGCCGUGAUUUCUGAAUGCACGAUGGCUCUCCAGGUUCAGCCCAAGUUCAGCCGGGCCCUUCUCCGCAGAGCCCGUGCUUAUGAGGGCAUUGGAAAGCAUGAUAUGGCGAUGCAAGAUGUGCAGAUGUUGUUGAAAGCUGAACCCGGUCAUCAGGAUGCUUUAGAUUUCGCUGCGCGAUUGAGUGCGGCUAUUGGGCCUCGUCAAGAAGCUCAACAGGAUCUUCAGAGCCGUCCAUCGCCAGCUGCCCUUGGUGCAUCUGCAGUGGGUUCAGCUCCAAUUGCGGGCCUUGGCCCAUGUCUGCCUGCUAGACCAGGACCCAAGAAGCCAGUAACUUCAACUGGGACUUCUGCGCUACCUCCUAGUAAUAUUAAGCAUAAUCAAGUUCAACCUACAACUGAGAAUGUCUCUCAAUCUAAAGUUCCAUUGCCUAUGGUUGUCUUAAAGCCUUCAGUAAGUCCUUCCAAGCCUAAUCAAAAUCCAAUCAACAAUGACAAAAAGGAACAGCCAAUCACUACUCGUGUGCAGUCAAAACCGGCUGUGAUCCAUUGGAGGCCACUAAAGCUUGUUUAUGAUCAUGACAUACGUCUUGCACAAAUGCCUGAAAAUUGCAGUCUCAGGGAGUUGAGAGACGUUGUUGCCAAACGCUUCCCAAUGUCAAAGUCAGUUCUCAUCAAGUACAAGGAUGGUGAUGGUGAUUUAGUCACUAUCACAUCCACAUCUGAAUUAAGAUUAGCGGAGUCCUUUGUUGUUGCUGACCCUGUAGGGCUUCUGAGAUUGCAUAUUGUUGAGGUGAGUUCUGAACAAGAGCCACCUUUAUUGGAAGAGGAAGAGGAGAAGCCCAUUGACAGUGAAGUUGUUGUUGACAGUGACACUGUUGUCGAAAGUGUCAUUGCCAAAUCAGAAAAUGUCACUGAGAAGGUGAAAUCUGCAACGCCGGGAGAUCUGGAGAUGAAGGAAGUAGAGAUGGAUGAUUGGCUAUUUGAGUUUGCUCAGUUGUUCCGGACUCAUGUAGGGAUUGACCCAGACGCUCAUAUAGAUCUUCACGAACUUGGGAUGGAGCUUUGUUCAGAAGCACUUGAGGAGACAGUGACCAGUGAAGAGGCUCAAGCUCUGUUUGACAAAGCGGCAUUAAAGUUUCAAGAAGUGGCUGCACUGGCUUUUUUCAACUGGGGAAAUGUCCACAUGUGUGCCGCAAGGAAGCGGAUACCCAUUGAGGAUCCAGGGUCAAAGGAACUGUUGACUUCACAUCUUCAGUCUGCUUAUGACUGGGUGAGAGACAAAUAUUCUUUAGCCAAAGAGAAAUAUGAGCAGGCCCUUAUGAUCAAACCUGACUUCUAUGAGGGUUUACUGGCUCUCGGGCAGCAGCAGUUUGAAAUGGCUAAGCUCCACUGGUCGUUCGUUUUGGCUAAGAAGGAAGACCUCUCAAAGUGGGACCCAACUGAGACGUUCAAGCUUUUUGACAUCGCUGAGGAAAAAAUGAACGUGGCGACCGAGAUGUGGGAGAAGCAUGAAGAAGAGAGGGCCAAGGAGUUGAAGGAUCCUAAUGGAAACAAGAAAGAUGAAGUAGUAAGAAGAAGAAAGAAACAGGGGAGUGGUCCUUCUGAUGUUGAAAUUGAAAUCUCGCCCGAAGAAGCAGCAGAACAGGCUGCUGUGAUGAGAUCUCAAAUACAUUUGUUUUGGGGAAAUAUGCUCUUCGAGCGAUCUCAAGUUGAGUGUAAGUUGGGCUUGAAAGGUUGGGGGAAGAACCGUGACACUGCAGUUGAGCGGUUUAAGCUUGCUGGUGCUUCUGAGUCUGAUAUUGCAACCGUUCUGAAGAACCAUUGCUCCAAUGAAGCAUCUGCUCAGGACCCCGGGAAGAAUGGUGUCUGCAUUCUGGCCAAUAGUGACCAAUAAAGGCGACAAGGUAGAUGCUGCUGAUAAAUGUAGGUUAAUGUUAUUUGGUUUCCUUAAUUUAAGGAUGAAGCUUGUGGAGCCUUUUAUUUUCACAUUAAGGACUAAGGUAGCACAUUGGCUUCACAAUUUUUUCGAGGUUGCACUUUCUUUCUUUGCUUAGAUUAUUUAUUGUGCUCAGAAGUUUGAACUGUCAUCUGUGACAUUAUGUCUUUAACUGUCUAUCAGGCUAGUUUUGUCAUGUGGAUGAACUUCUAUGAGAACAUGAUUUUCUUCUUAAUUUCAGGUUUUCUGAAACAGUAUCAAUAAAUACUACUCCGUAUUAGAGUAUUAGACUGGCCAGUUCUCACUUAUUUAGUUGAAAUUGAGGUUACUGGACGUUUUUUUGUUUCAUGAAGUUCUGCAGAUUCAUCAAUUUUUACAUUAACUUAUUCUUAUUUUAGAUAACCAGACCACACAAAAAAACAUUCAGACCAGGCACAAAAAAGUUAGACUAGAGUAGUUUAGUUCCAAUAUUAUGUUUCAGAUAAGAAAUUUCAGCAACAUCAUGAACAUUCACUCACUAAUAGUCCUGAAACAUUUAGAUAAGAACACUCCACAUCAGUUUGGAUUAUAUCACACUUUUUCAGGCAAAGAGAACAUGUCAUAACGCUUAACAAAUGGGUACUUAACCAUUCACAUUGUUUACCAGAAUGUUUGAGGGUAUGGAAUUCAUUCAUCAACUCCACAAGCGGUCUUUGGAUAGUGAAGACAUGAUGGCUGUGGCCUGUGCAGGAGGAAAUGGGGGUAGGGAGAGAGGGUCACCAGACUCACCAUUAACUGCAGCAUUUCUAGGGCAUAUGGUAGGUCACUUUAGAAGAUGGCAGAUAAGGAGCCCGUUUGGUGAUACCCAAAUCGGUUGAAAUUUAUAAAGUUCUGGUUGAUGUGGCUGGAUUGACCGAUUCUGCUUAUUUACAAAAAAAAUUAUAUUUAAAAUAUAUUUUAUUAAUUAAAUAAAGAAAAAAUUAUAUGAAAAAUAGCUAAAAUG